CCGCCCCCCCCUGCGCCGCGCUUAGCCAAUCAGGGGGCGCCCUGUUGGCUGCGCCGGGCGGCCGCGGCGGAGCAAGAUGGCGGGGGCCGGGCGGGCGCGGGCGUGGGGCAGCCUGUGGCGGCGGCUGCUGCUGGUGCUGCUGGUCUGGGCCGGCGGCACGGGCGCGGUGGGGCCGCACCGCCGCUUCGAGUACAAGUACAGCUUCAAGGGGCCGCACCUGGUGCAGGCGGACGGCGCCGUGCCCUUCUGGGCGCACACGGGCAAUGCCAUACCUAGCGCGGAUCAGAUUCGAAUAACUCCGUCACUGAAAAGCCAGAGAGGAUCAGUGUGGACAAAAAACAAAUCUGUAUUUGAAAACUGGGAGGUUGAGGUGACAUUUCGAGUGACAGGGAGAGGCCGCAUUGGAGCAGAUGGACUGGCAAUCUGGUUUACUGAAGAUCAAGGCCUGGAGGGUCCAGUUUUUGGGGCAGCUGAUAACUGGAAUGGUGUUGGCAUUUUCUUUGACUCUUUUGACAAUGAUGGAAAGAAAAACAAUCCAGUAGUGGUCGUUGUAGGCAACAAUGGAAAACUCCAUUAUGAUCAUCAGAAUGAUGGUUCCACACAGGCACUGGCAUCUUGUCAGAGAGAUUUUCGCAACAAGCCCUAUCCUGUCCGAGCAAAGAUUACAUACUAUCAAAAAACACUGACUGUAUUGAUUAACAAUGGCUUCACUCCAGAUAAAGAAGACUAUGAGUUUUGCGCGAAAGUGGAAGAUAUGAUACUACCACCACAAGGACAUUUUGGAAUAUCUGCAGCAACAGGGGGGCUUGCAGAUGACCAUGAUGUUUUGUCUUUUCUGACUUUCCAGUUGACAGAGCCUGGGAAAGAAGCACCUGUCCCUGAUGCAGAAAUUCCUGAAACAGAUAAAGAGAAAUAUCAAGAGGAGUUUGAGCAUUUUCAACAAGAACUGGAUAAAAAGAAAGAAGAAUUUCAAAAGGAACAUCCUGAUGUACAAGGACAGCCAGCGGAAGAUAUCUAUGAAAGUGUCAGUGAUCGUGAACUGAGACAAAUCUUUGAGGGGCAGAAUCGAAUUCAUCUUGAAAUUAAGCAACUUAACAGGCAGUUGGACAUGAUUCUUGAUGAGCAGAGGAGGUAUGUCUCUGCAGUGACGGAAGAGAUUGCCAAAAGAGGAGGAUCAGGUGUUCCAGGCCAACAAGGACAGGUUUCCCAACAAGAGGUUGACACUAUUGUGAAAACUCAAGAGGAGGUCCUCAGACAAGUGAAUGAAAUGAAGAGUUCCAUGGGAGAUACUCUUCGGUUAGUCAGUGGCAUUCAGCACCCAGGGGCUGCAGCAGGAGCCUAUGAAACAACCCAGCACUUCAAUGAUAUCAAAGAACAUCUUCAUGUAGUAAAGAGGGACAUUGAGCAUUUAGUACAGCGAAAUAUGCCUUCAAACGAGAAACCUAAGUGUCCAGAAUUGCCACCAUUUCCAUCAUGUUUAUCUACAAUGCACUUCUUUAUAUUCGUAGCAGUACAAACAGUGUUGUUUGUUGGUUAUAUCAUGUAUAGGACCCAGCAAGAAGCAGCAGCUAAAAAGUUCUUUUGAUGACUUGUUCAUUUUGUGUGUACAAUCCUGCUGUAUGUAUGCACAGAACAUCACCCAAGUCUGUAAAUGAGGGAAAUUUUAGUGUUUAAAAAUACUUCAUUAUUGUAAAUUAUUGAAUUUUUGUUAUACAAAGUGAAUUCAAGUUAAGCUGUUAAUACAAUGGUUUAAAAACAGACCUGAAAGCUGUGGGGCAAGUAAAAGGAAAACUUGUGGGCCCAUCCUACUUUUUCUUUUUAAUUAAGUUUCUAAUAGAUACUGCAUGAUACUCCUAUUGUUUUGCCAACAAUUUCUCAAGAUAAAGAAUUGGGGUACUUGGGUUCGGUUGCUGUUGAUGAGCAUUGGACACACAAGGAUUCACAAAAAAAAAUACCACUAAAUCUCCACAUAUCAGAUUCAUCUUUUUGGGGUUUUUUAAAUGAACUACCGCUUUCCUCAAUAUUCCAUUUUGGUAUGUCGGGGGGAGAAGCAUGAAAAAGUGUUUCAUUUUUUCUAUUUGGAUUUGUCACUUUGGCUAUGAUUCAGUGACUUGUUUCUGCAAUAAUAAGUUUCUGCAAACAAUUUUUAUAAUAUGUGUAUGAUGAAAGAUAAAGGUAUUUUAAUAACAGCCCGACUAGCAUCUUCUUGAGUAUAAAACAAAAGCUCUCUGUAUGGAGGAAGCCAACAAAGGCUUGUCAUUUUGGUUUUAGGAAUGGUUUGUGGGUGGUAGGAGGUUUCUUUCUAGGGCUUUUUUGUUUGUUUUCCAGACUUCUUUUGUUCUUGUUUUGAGGCUGUUGGGGAAGACGGGAUUUUCCAGUUGCCUGGUAGUAUUUGUGAAGCAUGUUUUGUGGGAUCAGUAUGUUUCUAAGCCCAAGUCUUUCUAUGGUUUUGUUUAGUGUGUCAUAGAAUCUCCUUUCAACAAAGAUUAUAUUGCUUGUGCCUCAAAAAUCCAGUUGACAUAAUGGCAUAUUUAGGUGGGGAAUGCUCCUUUAUUUUUUUGAUAAGGCUGUUGUCUUUCAUGAAUCAACAGAAAUAUCAUAGCAGAUACUUUAGUCAAUAUUCUACACAGGUAUUCAAAACUAGGAGUAUUAUGUAUGUGUUUUAAGUAUUUUUUUCAGAAGCUGUUAUUUCAGAUGUGUUCUGUUGUUAAUUCAGCAGUUCUUACUCAUGCAAGCAUUGUGAGAGUUCACUGUUUAAGUGUUCGGUCUUAUGCAUUUGAACACUCUUCAAUAUUGUUAUCAUGUGAGCUUUUGCUCCAGGAUGGAAAUGGAGCAAAUAUUCAAAAUUAGGAAUAAAAACAGAUUCAGUCUGCCUUGUUUACAUAUCCAUAGCAAUCUGUCCUUGAGUAGCUCUCUGUAGAGUUCAGAUAUAAUUCUUAAAUUGUAAGUCACAUGAUGAAAACUGAAUGUUUAAUGUUUUUAAUUACACAAUCAGUUUAUCUCUUUAUAUCUGAAAAAAAUUGUGUACAUUUUAAAUUCUGUACAACUUUUAACUCAGUUGAAAGAGACAACAUAUGCUGCCAAGUUCAGUGUUACAACAAAAUUGUUAAUAUUGUGCCUGAUAAUUUGGAGGGACAAUAAAUCUAUGCAAUAUACUUUUUUUUCUUAAACUGUAUAGUAAUAUAGAAAUCUGCUAUACCAACAAAAUGUGAUUCCCUCCAUACAUAUUUAUAUGGCUAUGAUGUGACAAACUUUUUGUAAAUGGUAUAGCUUAAUACAUUUAUUGCUAAAUUAUAAGAAGGCUAUGUUUGCUACAGCUGUAAGCUGUGCUGCAAUAAGCUGCACUAAGCAAAAAGUACUGGCUCAAACUAAUCUUGCUGGAUAAAAAGGUACAAGUCCAACGAUGGAACCCUUUCACUGAGUCGGAAUUACACAGCACGGUUAUUAAACUGCUCACAUCUCUCACCAGCAAGCAUCUACAGGUGCCUUGGGCUAGACUAUUACAAUAUUGACCCUUUUUUCAUUGAUCUAAGUUAUUGUAAAAGAAAUGGUUCAAAAGGUGACUAAAAUGCACAGCAUUGCUUCUUUCACCCUAAGCUUUAAGCUUCUCACCACCAGUGCUAAAUACAACAAAACUCCCACUCUAAUGGUAGACUUUGUAGCACUCUUACGCAGAAGGAAUAGAUAGACCUCAUAUGCACUUCUUUUCAGGAUAUAUUUGGCUUGGUGAUAAAUAGCUCUUUAAGACUUCCUCUAAUUAAUGUGCUUAUUCCUUGACACUGUGAAUCUCUCCAGCUAUGACUUAUUGUUCAGUUUGAAAACGAAAAUGUUGAAGGUAACCAGCGGUAUUGUAUCUUGUGUUGAACAAGCUGCAACCUAAAAUUAUGUUUACAGUGUACCGUUCAAAUAAAGUGUUUGCUGGUUGGAUGGAGCUGAUGUAGACCAGUGAUUAACUUGCCCUUGAUUUUAGUGGGCUCAGAAGAACGGUGAAAACAUAACUUCCAGGACAAGAUAUUCUUGUUUUGAUGAAAGACAACAUAUUAUCCCUGCCAUUUGCUGGAUGGUAGGAAAACUAAAAACCAUGUUCAUGAAAACUUGGCCUUGCUGUUCUUGUUCUUACCAUAAUUUUAAUUUUUCAGUCAGAAUAUUUUUAUCAGCUAAAACAGUAUUGCCUUCCUGCUGCUACUUAUGUUAACUGUAAGUUCAAACACAUAUUGGUUUUUCAAACAAACAAUUGAGGUUUAUUGGGAGAAAGAAACUUGAACCAGGUUAACACUAUGAGGGGUAAAAUAGUCUAGUCUGAAUUUUAACAGAGAGCUCUGGAUGAUAGGUAGCAAAUUUAAUAUUAAAAUUUGGCCAUAUGAAAAUUCCAGCAUGUGGUAUGAUGUUCAGUAAAUAAAUGGUUAUAUCUGAGUCCUUUAAACAAAAUGAAUAGUUGUUGUGUACAAACUUCUUCAAUUUAUUGUUCCCUGUUGAGAGAAUUGAAGUUGUUCACAUCUCAAUUACUGUAACACCAAAAAGGCUGUCCAUCAAUUGUUCUAAAAUUUUAAAUGGUUGAAACUUUCCUUAUGUUUGUUUCUAAUGUAAUUUGAUAGCUGGAAUUCAAGAUGAUAACCUUAUUUGAAUAAAGAUACAUAUUUUUAGUAAA